AUGCCUAGAAGUAAAAAUGCCAAGCCCGCAAAGCGGAAAUCCGCAGCCAACCCAGUGCCAGCAUCGACUACAGGUGGUCCCAAAAGAAAAAGGGGAUCUGUGACCCCAGUAGAGGAAAACACACCCUGUACAGAUAUUAUUGCUACUUCAAGCAUGGCUGACAUUAGUUCCAGUAAGGAACCUGAGCCAGAGGUCAAUUUAGAUACAACAGGUUUGGAAUGGAUAUUGAAGCAAGAGUCGGGUCAGAAAUCUGUAGUGCAUUACUUAGAUGAUUUUUUGUUUGCUGGUAGGGCAGGUAGCAAUGCAUGUAAUGAACUUAUGUCAUUGUUUGUGGAGCUCUGCGAGCAGUUAGGUGUCCCCUUAGCUGACGAUAAAACAGUGUGGCCUUCAACUUCCCUGACCUUUUUGGGUUUUCAGUUUGAUUCAGUUGAAAUAAUGUUAAGAAUUCCAGUUGAUAAGGUAAAUAGUUUAAAGGAUUUGAUCAAUAGUUUUAUGUUAAGAAAGAAGGCUACUCUAAAGGAAUUUCAGGCUCUUGCAGGUUUGUUGAAUUUUUGUUUGCGUGCAAUUCCGUCAGGCCGAGCUUUCACUAGGCGUAUUUAUGACAUCAUGCAAGGAGUCUGUAAUCCACAUCACUUUAUCAGGGUUUCUUUGGCAGUUAAGGAGGACUUGGGUGUGUGGCUUAUAUUUUUAGAUUUGUUCAAUGACUGCUUUUACUUUCCACAAAUUGACUGGAUAGAUGAUGAUCAAUUUGAAUUAUUUACUGACAGUGCAGGAAAUUCAGAAUUAGGUUGUGGUGCUUUCUUUAAGAAUCAUUGGUUGCUUUUUAAAUGGCCAAGUGAGUGGGCUGGUACUGAAGUAAUCAGGGACAUCACAUUCCUUGAACUUGUUCCAAUUGUUUUGGCAUUUCAUGCUUGGGGAAUUUCAGCGUUUUCGGUCACUUGCACCCCUAGCAGACUUGGAGCCAACAUCAAUUCCAGAGUCCUUUCAAACCAUCAUCUCCAGACUGAAUUUGACAGAUUAGUUCAGAGUUCCAUUUCAGCAAAAACAAGACUUGCUUAUCAGACAGGUUUAGUUGAAUUUGAUUGUUUCAGGUUAUCUUGUGGGUUACAUCUGAUUUGGCCUCCUGAUGAAAAACAGAUUAUAGAAUUCGUAGCUAGUUAUUCAUUAAAGGGUCUGUCUUCUGCUACUGUAAGGACAUAUCUGUCAGGUACAUGUAUAAGCUUUAAAUGUAAACUAAUUGGUAACCGAGACCCCACCCAAAACUUUGUUAUCAAAAAGAUGGUGGUAGGCAUGUCAAGACUGCAAAGUUCAGUAGAUGCUAGAUUGCCAAUUACACCAGAUUUGUUGGGGAAAAUAUUGAAUGUACUCCCAAUUGUCUGUAGAUCAUCCUAUGAAACUACAUUGUUUUCAGCAGAUUUUUCAUGCUCAUUUUUUGGCCUAUUUAGGGUUGGGGGAUUGGUCUUAGAUAGUAAGAAAAGUAGUAGUUCUCAUGCCUUGGAUGCCACAAGCAUCCAAUUCUCCAAGGACAAUUCAGAUGUUAAAAUUCAUUUGUCUCAUUCUAAAACUGACCAGUUUGGAAAAGGGGUUGUUUUGGUUCUACCUGCAGUUGAGGGAAAGAUAUGUCCAGUCAAGCUACUAAAACAAUAUUCAGUUCAACGUCCCGUGACUAAAGGCCCCUUUUUCUGUCACUUCGACAAGUCACCAUUAACACGCUAUCAAUUCAAUGCCAUUUUGAAAAAGUCUUUGUCAUGCAUUGGGGUAGACAAUAAUAAGUACAAGUCACAUUCCUUUGGGAUAGGUGGUGCCACAACAGCUUCUAUUAACGGCAUGUCAGAUGAUCAAAUUCAAGAAUUUGGUCGUUGGGGAUCGAAAGCUUACAAGAGAUAUAUAAGAAUACCAACCUCAAAUUUGAUUGAUGGCUAAAGAUUCAAUCAGUUGUAUUACUUUUAGCACCUCAAGCCAAAUAGCUGGAUAGGUUUUCUAAUACCAGGCUGGAAAUGUUAUAUUAAAUAUAUAUUCAAUUUUUGUUUACAUAUAUUUCAGAGGAAGUAAG